UAGGGAAACUAGCGAACUUUGUAACAUGCAAAAAGAUGUUGGCCUUGUUAAUAUAGCAGCAUAGAAUAUGAAUCCAUCACUUCAUUUAAAGCACUACGGUGCUCGAAAGUUGUUGUGAUCCGUAUACAAACUCUUUCUUACGUUGUUUACUUGUAUUAAUAAAGUCUAGGUUUAGGGAAUGGUCUCUAUUCAAACUGUUUGAUAAAGCUGGAUAAAUAAACCCGAUGUACUAAUAAAUUGGAACAGAAAUCGUGUGUAAUUUGCUCCCUUUUUGCAUGCGGAAUAGAAAAAGGAGAAAUUUUAUGCUUUGCGUUUUUCUUUAGCAUCUUAAAACCGAAAGGCAGCCAUUUUUUAUACGCUAGUCAAAGUUAAAUGCUAAACGAAUAUCAUCAACGUAAGCUUGCACAUCGACUGAAGGGCGAGUAUUAUGACCUCAGCGCCAUAUUUGAUAGUUGUACCAAUGAUGUAGCAAUACCUGACCAAGACGCGGACGACAUUCAAGAUGAAUCUCUUGAUGUGGAUAAAUUUGUUCAUGUAUUUGAUGAUGACAAUGAUUCUCAAAGUACAGAAGAACUUGAUUACAACAUUCCCUUUUUGGAGGUUCAAGAUAAAACCAACGACCAAAUUCGCAACUCUAUUCGUCCCACUGCUUUAAUACGAGCCCUACAACCUCCCAGUGAAGUUCUCCUCCCGCCACGGCGUGAUGUUGAUCAAAUAGAGGAUCCUUUUGAGGUAUUUGCACGUCUUUUCAAUUCUGAAAACACACUUCGAAAGGCAGAAGAAGAAAUCUACAGUCGUGUGAAAGAAGCAACAAUCGCUGCAGGAGAUCAUCCUAAACUUGACAAAAGCGUAAUCGAUAAGAGCAAAAACCUAGAGGUGGAACAGCAGCAACAGAAGCAAUGGCCACGUACUUCAUUUUCUGCUUUGAUAGAAUUGGGCAGACGAAAACGACGGCAAAAUCGCCAACGACAGCAGUACCACAACUAUGAGAAUGAGCAUCAAGUGGACGAAACAGAGAAAGCAGUUGGAAAGAUGGCAGCACCACAUAACCUUGAUGCUCAUAAGCCAUCAAGUCUUUCUGAAAAAGAAGGAGAAAAUCAGCAGCUGACUGAGAAGAAUAAUAAAGAAAACGGUGCUGUAAUAGAAAAGGAAUUGAAUGCUUCAAUCAACAAUGAUGCGAUGUCACCUCUCGUGCAAACAUAUGAUUCCCAAAACACCUCUUCUACAGUAGAAAACGCGUUGAUACCUACUCAACAAAUUAUAUCGCAGACAGAUAUUCUCGCUAUUAGCACUUGUAAGACAACUGAGUCUACAGAAGAAAAUGAACGUAGCCCUCCGAAUUCUCCAUCCAUUAGCACGCAAGUUCGUGAUGAGGACGAAAUUUCUUCGACAAAGUCCAAUUUUUGUGGGCUAAAACGGAAAUUUUCAGGAGAAUCAGUUGAAAGUAGCAACGUUAAACGUACGAAGACAGGCACUUCAAGUGAAAAUGUGAUGACAGAAUUGGAGCAAAUCACAUUGGAUACCCAAGAGCCUUUAAUACGUAUGCCAUUAUCGUUUAAUGAAAACACUGUUGUUCCAGAAAAAGUAAAACAAGCAGAUUUAGUUACCAAUGAAGAGCAAGUAGAAGAGGCAAAGGCUGAUUCGCAUGACUUUCCGAAGACAACAGUAGCAGCUAAACGGAAAUUUUCAGGAGAAUCAGUUGAAAGUAGCAACGUUAAACGUACGAAGACAGGCACUUCAAGUGAAAAUGUGAUGACAGAAUUGGAGCAAAUCACAUUGGAUACCCAAGAAUCUUUGAUAUCUAUGCCAUCGUCGUUAACUGGAAACAGCGUUUCACUCCACUUUGUUGAGAAAGAACAAAUAGAUGAAAAAUCAGAACAAUCAGAGAAACCAGCACAAGAGGAAAUAAUUGAAGAAGUAGAACAAUUAGAGAAACCAGCACAACAGGAAAUAACUGAAGAAGUAGAACAAUUAGAGAAAUCAGCACAACAGGAAAUAGCUGAAGAAGUAGAACAAUUAGAGAAGCCAGCACAAGAGGAAAUAAUUGAAGAAGCAGAACAAUUAGAGAAACCAGCACAAGAGGCUAUAAUUGAAGAAGACUCAAAUGUAGAUUUAGAUGUAGGGCUGGACAAAGAUUUGGUUAUAGAGCUUCGUGAAGAUAAAGAUAAAGAUAAAGAAGAACAGCAUCACAAUUCCGAUCCAUUUGCCUUUGAUGAUGACAAUAUCGAUUAUGGUUACGACAAUGAUUAUAAUAUGGAUAUAGACCAGGUUGAGGAUGUCUUAAUGGUCGAUGAGUCUAUGGCAAAGGAUAUAACUCCUAUGCCGCACCCAAUCUCUUUGGAUGAAGACCUUGACGCUGAUAAGGAAAAUAGACCACCACAAGAACAAAAACUUACAGAAGAUACUCGAAAUGUAACCUUCGAAAUUGAUGAGGAAGAAGAGCUAAGGAAUGAGAUGAAAAAGCGUUACUUAAAAGAAGUCAUAGAAGAAACUAGCGGACUAAACCUUGCAUCCAGAAGAAACCUACAGUUAGCAGAAUUACAUGCGAAUUUCUUUGAAAAAACCACGGAAGAAGAGACAAGGAAAGCUAGGGACAUGGUAUUCACUGAGGACGGCGAACAAAUGGUUAAAGAUUGGUAUAGCGCCGUAAAUGGUGCUCUUACUGACUAUGCAAACAAUUUUGCAAAUCAAACGGACAGAAUAGGAAGGAUCAGAAACAUAGAAAGGUUGAUGAAGAAGACGCGUGACGAGUACUACAAAUUACUGGCUGAAGAAAGAAAGGAGAAUAGGCAUUUGGAAGAGGAAACAAAAAUAGUGACUACUUCUGAACACCAAUUUAAUUUAUUUGAACAAUUUGAAGAUGUUUUUAAAAGCAUCCAAACAUUGAGACAUUAGUUUAAAGUAUAAUACCUGAGCAAAAAUUAGAAAUCAAACUCAGAUCUCGCCUUUUUUUUUGGU